UUACCUCCCUGCCUCCAUACAACCUCAACGCGAAACUACUCCUUUCCUUUCCAACCACUUGAAGAAAAAUGGCCGCCACCAACCAAACCGCAGCAGCCAACGAGGCAAUCUCCAAGAACGCUAACGUGGUGAGGGCAAACGCGGCCAUGUCUCCCGGGAUGGAGACAUCCCUGUUCGACUGCUUCUCGGACCCCGUGGGAUGCAUCAUGAGCUGCUGCUGCGGGUGCAUCGUCGCGGGCUUCACGGCCGCGCGCGUGGACGACCGCGAGUGCAACCUGUGCGACGCCUUCUCGAACUCUUACCAGGCGAGAACCAAGAAAACGGAUGAUUGGUUGAUGAUGACACAACCAACCUUGCUUUUUUUGUGUCCCCCUCUUUUUUCGUCCAUCUUCAUAUUGUUGUUGGAUGACUUGGUCGUAGAGCGGUGUUAA